AUGAAGAGGAAGGCUGAAUCGCAAUCGAGUAGCCAGAAUGGCAAGAGUAUCCUGAAGAAGCGAUCGAAGACAAUACUAUCCGAGGAAGAAAUCCAGAAGAGUUUCCGCAAAGGCCUCUUCGAGAAAGAUGUGCUCAAGAAAUACACGAAAUCAUACGCCGAUUCCGAGCCAUACAAGCACAGUGUAAUCAGCUCUUUAAUUGACGAUAAACUCCUUCGCGCGGUUCGAGACGAAAUUCGAGAAAAUGUUCACUUUACCCCAAAGGAAACCGAUAUUUACAAAAUCCAUCAAUCGGGUGAUCUCGCCAACCUCGAUGGAUUGGAGGAUGGUGCGCUCGAUAAAUUGCCUUCGCUGUUGCGAUUGAGAGAUGCUAUGUAUUCGAGCUCUUUCCGGAAAUAUGUUGCUGCGAUUACGGGGUCGGGGGAAUUGAGUGGGAGGAAGACGGACAUGGCUAUUAAUGUCUACACACCUGGAUGCCAUUUGUUGUGUCACGAUGAUGUAAUUGGCAGUCGAAAAGUCAGUUAUAUUCUAUACUUGACGGAUCCAGAUCUGCCUUGGAAAGAGGAAUGGGGUGGAGCAUUGCGAUUGUUUCCUACCAAGACUUUCAAGGACGAUGAAGGGGAGACGACCAAGACGCCAAGUCCCGAUUUCACCAAGGUCAUUCCGCCUGCUUGGAACCAAUUGAGUUUCUUUGCAGUACAACCUGGAGAGAGUUUCCAUGAUGUUGAGGAAGUUUAUCAUGCCGAAAGUAAGGAGCAAUUGGAGAAGGAUGGAGGUCGUAUUCGAAUGGCUAUCAGUGGUUGGUUUCAUAUUCCACAGAUUGGCGAGGAGGGAUAUGUUGAAGGUGCGGAGGAGAAAUGGGGAAAGAAUAGCAGUUUGAUGCAAUUGCAAGGCAACCCGGAUCGAUACGAUUUUCCACAAUCGAAACCAGUUGAGGUGGAGGAGUGGAAGGAAGAUGAAGGGAAGGUGUUUGAAGCGUCAGAUCUUGACUUUUUACUCAAGUAUAUGGCACCAACAUACUUGACGCCGGAUACGUUGGAGCAGGUCGCUGAGCAAUUCAUGCAGCUAUCUAGUGUCACAUUGGAUGGGCUUUUAUCGAAGAAGUACUCAGAGAAGGUUCGGCAAUAUAUCGAACAGGAGGAGGCAUCCACUUUACCCGACAGCAGCGACGAGAUUGAAAAAGGGGCUUGGAGAGUUGCUAGGCCUCCACACAAGCAUCGAUUUCUCUACCAGCAACCCAAAACAAUACCUAAGAAGGGUAAGGGCAAAGAAAAGGAACGGAAUCCUAUCGAAGAGCUCCUCAAUGUAUUCGUCCCCAGUCCACAAUUCCGAAAAUGGUUGGAGUUGGCUACGCAAACCACGAUUACGAGCCAAGACAUCUUAGCACGACGAUUUCGAAAGGGUCUUGAUUAUGCUCUGGCUACAGGUCAUGAUGGCGAUGCAAGAUUGGAAUUUAGUUUGGGCCUGACACCUACACCGGGUUGGGGUGCUGACGAUGAUGACGAGGAGGAGGAGGAGGAAGGAGAAGAGGAGGAAGACGAAGAGGAUGAUGAUGAGGAGAUUCCUGCCGAGAAGUCGAAUGGUUCUAAAUCUAAGAAUAAGGGCAAAGGGAAAGAGAUUGAGAAAACAGAACCCAGAUCCAAAUCGAAGGGUAAAGGGAAGGAAAAGACAGACAAGGAGGUCGCGACAGAAAAAGAAUUAGAAGCGGAGGCAGUAGAGAAAGAAGAGGAAGAUGAUGUUGGUGGUCAUGAAGUCUACAUGGCGGGUGACGAUGAUGACACCGAUGCAGAUGCUGCGAUUUAUAAAGCAUCAACAGGCGAGGAAGACGACAACGUUCUCUUCACCAUGCCAGCCUCUUGGAAUAAGAUGAGCAUUGUUCUUCGAGACAGUGGUGUCUUAAAGUUCGUCAAAUACGUUAGCAAAAGCGCCAAAGGAGAUCGAUGGGAUCUUGGUGGUGUUUUUGAAUUGAAGGAAGAAGAAGAUGAUGAGAGUACCGGUGAGCAGGACACCAGUCAGGAGACCGGGCUUUCUCUCGAGGAUAUGGUGGUGAGUGAGGAAGAGGAGUUUAAUGGCUUUCCACCGUCUGAUGAUAGUGAUUCGGAUUGA